CUAAGGAUCGUACAAUAAUAUUCUGUUCAAUCAACUCGUUGUAAUAUAUGCUUGUUUUCUUUCGGACUCUUUACUUGUGGUCCUCCUUUGAUAUUACGAACGCGAGCGCACCAAGACAAACUCUGGAUGUGUUUUGACGAUUGGGAUUUAUGUCCUCUUGCCAAACUUAGAUAAUUUCGUCGUUCCAGGACACGAGAUCGAUUCAUUUUGCUUAUGAAUUAAUUCCCAGUCGAUCAUUUUAUUCAGCCUCAUCAUUUGCUCAAGAUUGGGCCGGACGAUUGUAAUUUUUCCUUUUUCUAAACCCCAGAAUCAUUGGUGUUUUUUGCUGGUUUUUCAUUGAUUGUUUUUCUUGGUACACAAGGAUUGAGCCGAAGCAUUCAUGGGAAGGCAAAUAGGAGAGUAACAUCCAAUGAGCUUAGCCCCAAUGCAUAAUUUGGUGAAAUGGAACACAGAAAAAACAUGCCUUUUUUGUUGGUGAUUAACAGAGAUUAGUGGCGAUUUUGCCUUCUAUUGAGCCGUGAAACAAGGCCUUGAUGGACUUGAAACUGAGGGCCGCCGGCAGCUGUGAUGGUGGUGAUGAGAUUGAAGGGACCUCACCGGAUAUGUUAAAGAAUACACCUUGGAAUAUACGGAGAUUGGCCAAUGAGAUUGAGCAGUGUGAAGGCAGGCAAAAAUAUCUCGCUCACACAAGGAGCCCCUCGGAUGGCGGGGAUGUUCGGUGGUACUUUUGCAAGGUCCCUUUGGCAGUUAAUGAGUUAGCUGCAUCAGUCCCUGCAACAGAAGUUGUUGGUAAAGGUGAUUAUUUUCGCUUUGGUAUGAGAGAUUCCCUUGCAAUAGAGGCAGCUUUUUUGCAGGUCAAGCGGUUUCCCCUAUACAGAGAGGAUGAGUUACUCUCCUGUUGGUGGAAAGAGUAUUCUGAGUGUAGUGAAGGCCCAAUGGGCACAGGUGUUGUUCCCACGUCAACCUCACAGACAAAAGAAUUAUUUCCCAUGAGUCCAGAGUCAACCGAGCUAUAUGCAAUUGAAGAAGAAAGAGUUGGUGUCCCUAUAAAAGGAGGAUUAUAUGAGGUAGAUUUGGUCAGGAGACAUUGUUUUCCUGUAUACUGGAAUGGAGAGGUUCGACGUGUCCUGCGUGGCCACUGGUUUGCUCGUAAAGGUGGUCUUGACUGGCUUCCACUGCGUGAGGAUGUUUCAGAGCAAUUAGAGUAUGCAUAUCGUACUCAGGUUUGGCAUAGGAGAACCUUUCAACAGUCUGGUCUUUUUGCUGCUCGAGUUGAUCUUCAGGGCUCUACUCCAGGAUUGCAUGCUCUUUUUGUUGGGGAAGACGAUACAUGGGAAGCUUGGCUAAAUGUUGAUGCUUCUGGGUUUUCUGGUGUUGUAGGUUUUGGAGGAAAUGGCAUUAAGUUAAGACGUGGCUUUGCUCCAUCUCAUUCACAGAAACCAACACAGGAUGAAUUACGUCAGAAAAAGGAGGAAGAAAUGGAUGAUUACUGUUCGCAGGUUCCUGUUCGACAUUUAGUAUUCAUGGUUCAUGGUAUUGGUCAAAGGAUGGAGAAAUCAAAUUUGGUCGAUGAUGUUGGAGACUUUCGCCUUGUAACUGCAAAUGUUGCUGAAAGACACCUGACUUCCCACCAACUUGCCACACAAAGAGUUCUUUAUAUUCCUUGCCAGUGGAGAAAGGGCUUAGCUCUUAGUGGCGAAGUUGCAGUCGAAAAGAUAACUUUAGACGGAGUCCGAGGGCUGCGUACCAUGUUGAGUGCAACUGUUCAUGAUAUCUUAUACUAUAUGAGCCCUAUAUAUUGUCAGGAAAUCAUUGACUCGGUAUCCAACCAACUAAAUAAACUAUAUCUGAAGUUUCUGAAGAGGAAUCCUGGGUAUGAUGGAAAGGUCUCCAUAUACGGGCACUCUCUGGGUAGCGUUUUAUCUUAUGAUAUCCUUUGUCAUCAACAAACUCUGUGUUCGCCUUUCCCAAUGGAGUGGAUGUACAAAGAACAAAAGGAAAGUGAUGUGGCAUGUCCUGUUAAGAACAACUUAACACCUAGCAACCCAAUACCAAAUCCUAGGAAUAAUAAUAGCUCUGAGAAUGUCGAGUUUGCGAACAAGGGCAGUUAUAUGGACUCUCGGGACCUUUCUGAGGAGCCUGUAGAGAGAACAUUCCAUCUAAGUCCGCCUGCAUCAUCAGAGUCUGAUGAGUCAUCAUCAACACCUGACAUUGGCUAUCAGCAGACAAUUGAUGCCUUGUCAUUAGAUGAAAACUGCAAUGAACCUUUUCGCUAUUCAGAUCAUGUGGAUUUCCCCAGUAGCAGCAAGAAAACUAACUUUGAGUCUUGUGAUGAUAAUAAAGACGAGACAAUUAAAUCUUUGACGGAAGAGAUUAGUCUGCUGAAAUCAAAACUCAAGGAAUUGGAAGCUGAUAAAGGUAUGGCUCUUAAAAGUUUUAUCUUGCGAAUUUCACAUGACAUGCUACCAGUGAAUGGAAAAAAGUCUGCAACAGUUGAAAAUCAAAAUCAAUCUGGUUCUGAGAGAGUUCAAUGUGAGCAUACAGAUCCCGUGAAGAGUUAUAAACCCCAAAUAAGAUACACAAAGCUAGAGUUCAAGGUUGACACAUUCUUUGCUGUUGGAUCUCCCCUUGGGGUAUUCCUUUCCCUGCGGAAUAUUCGAAUUGGGAUUGUUUCAUCAGAAUUCCUUCCUGAAAAGCCUUGCCUUGUUAAUUGUAAAGGGAAAGAAUACUGGAAAGAGGAAAAUAUAAAUGAGGAGAUGCCAGCAUGUCGGCAAAUGUUCAACAUUUUCCAUCCUUUUGAUCCUGUAGCAUAUAGAAUAGAACCACUCAUUUGCAAAGAAUAUAUACUCAAACCUCCCGUCAUUAUUCCCUACCACAGAGGCGGGAAACGGCUGUAUGUUGUUUAUCGUGAAUUCAAAGAAGGGUUAGCUACAUAUUCAAGAGCAAUAGCGGAUAAGUUCAGCACUAUGCGGGCUAAAGUGCUGACGCUCUGUGAAUCGGGACACGAUGAUGGCCAGGACAAGCAAUCAGAAAAUACCCAAGAGGAAGAAGAGAGAUCUUAUGGCUCAGUAAUGAUGGAUAGAUUAAUAGGACACGAAGGCGGGAGGAUAGAUCAUGUCUUACAAGAUAAAACUUUUCGCCAUCCGUAUGUAUCGGCCAUUGGGGCACACACAAACUACUGGAGAGAUUACGAUACUGCCCUUUUCAUGUUAAACCAUUUGUACCGGGAUGUAGCAGAGGAACCUGUCUCGCCUAAGGACCCACCUCUUAAAGGCGACUCAAAGGACGAAUAUAGGUUCAAAAGUUGGUCUGAUCCAAGGGAGGCUGCUGAAGAGGAACUUCCUUUGACAUUUGCGGAUGGUGUCUCGGUAAAGCAUUUUUCUUUUCAAGUGAAGAAAGUGAUGAGAAAGUGAAACCCAUAAGUCAUUUUCCAGAUAGGGGUGUUAUAGGUUCUUCACCAAUUGAUUUUUAAUUUUGUUACUUUUUAAGUGCAUAUAGACAUAGUAUAGCAUGAAUAAAUACAACCUGUGCUGGUUUUUGUGUAUAGUGUAUCAUAGGGAGGGUGAUUUGUGGCUGUUGCAGAAUUUAUGUGACAGCACAUAGGCAAAUGGAACAUGUAAAUUCUUUCUCCUUUAUUUAUUUGACUAUGUAUGUUUAAAAUUUGUUGGUAUCUUACAUGCACAGCAUAAAUUUUAUUAUAUAUGAUGUAGUAUGGUUGGGGUGCACUUUACUGGUUAGUACAAACAGAAAUAAUACCAUUGUUAUAUCCAGAAAAAUUGGUGAAUGAGAGCCAAAAUCCUUUUGCAGGAGCAUUCAAU